AUGAGCUCAACAUCUUUUGGCGGUACGAACGCGGGUGUUCAACUUCUUCAUAACCACGGGACAAUAAACAACUUUUCAUCUGGUGAAUGCGUCAAAGUCCCUGGAAAGCCGUAGGGACUUACUAUGGGGACAGAGGUGCUCAAGUCACUGGCAUUCCCACAGAUGCUGGAUCGGAGGGACAACAUCGAGGCGUGUCACACGAAUACCUGCGAAUGGAUCUUGGAGCUGGAAGAAUACCAGUCGUGGAGGGAUCAGCCCCUUGGUCUGUUAUGGAUUAAGGGCAAGCCUGGUGCUGGAAAAUCAACCUUGAUGGUUUUCCUACACGGCAUACUCCAGAAAUUCCAUGACGGUCAGCAAUUCCAUGACGACAGCCACGGUGUUAUUUGGCUCGAGUUUUUCUUUUCCGCCCGAGGCGUGGAGAUGCAACGUACACCACUAGGAAUGCUCCGAUCGCUGCUAAACCAGCUUCUUGUCGGUGACGCGACCAUACGCCCCCAGGUGCGCAAGAUCUAUGAACAACGAUGUAUGCAGUUUGGAUCUGGUGAACGUCAGUGGGAGUGGCCACAAACAGUGCUAGAAGACUUGCUAGCAAGUGUGAUCCUGGCAUCAGCCCAGCACAUCAUCAUUUUUGUGGAUGCUUUAGACGAGGCUGGCGCUGAGUCCGCUCAACAGCUCGCAGCAUAUUUCCACCGUCUCAUUGAUCGUGCUGAUAGAAAUCAUGCCGAUGGAAAGAAGCCAGCCCUUCAGGUCUGUAUCUCAUGCCGACACUAUCCUAUUGUGGAGAGUGCCCAGACUGUAGCAAUACAUGUCGAAGACCACAAUCAAGACGAUAUCACUACAUACAUCAAGGAUGAACUUCUUGAGACAGAGUCCAGGGACGUUUCUAGUCAAGAAAUAAGAGAGGGACUAGUGGGAGAAUUGGCCCAGCAUACCAAGGCGGCUACAAAUGCUCAAAUAUCAUUACCGUCUCGAACGAUAUGGAAGAAACUCCCCGGUUUCAUCGACAGCGAUGAACGCAUGAAGCAAAGAGUCAAGGCCCUUGCUGGUGGACUAGCCGAAGUAGUCUCCAGUAAUGAUGAGGAGAUUAUACAGGUAGUACACCAGUCAGUCAAUGAUUUCUUACACAACAAAGGGCUGCUCCUUCUCUACCAUAACACCAGUGGGGGUGAAUAUAUUGAGAAAACAAACGAAGAUGGAGAGACAGCACUACACUUUGCAGCACGAGCUGGACAUAUAACAGCUGGCAAGACAUUACAGGAAAAAGGAGCAAACCGAGAAGCAAAGAGCAAUAAGAGAGCGACUCCUUUAAUGGAGGCAGCUAGCCAUGGACAAAUAAGAUUUGUCGAAUGGCUUCUAGAUGAGGGCGUGGAGCUUAAGAUAGGAGCUGGGGCUGCGCUACAAGAAGCUUCAUCGAAUGGUCACAUUACAAUUGUCGAGAUAUUCCUUAGGGCUGGGGCGAAUGCCAACACCCAGGGUGGUUAUUACGGCAAUGCCCUCCAGGCUGCUGCAAGCAGUGGAAGUUCUGAGACAGUCAAGAUCCUGCUUGAUGCUUAUGCUGAUGUCAACGCCCAGGGUGGUCGGUACAGCAAUGCUCUACAGGCUGCUGCAAAGACUGGAAGUGCUGAGAUAGUCAAGAUCCUGCUUGAUGCUCAUGCUGAUAUUAACGCCCAGGGUGGUCUAUACGGCAAUGCGCUACAGGCUGCUGCUGCUACUUUACAGGAUGCAGGUACUGAGACAGUUAAGAUCCUGCUUAAUGCUCAUGCUGAUAUCAACGCCCAGGGUGGUCUAUACGGCAAUGCUCUACAGGCAGCUGCAUUUAGUGGAAAGGCUGAGAGAGUCAAGAUCCUACUUGACGCUCAUGCUGACGUUAACGCCCAGGGUGGUCUAUACGGCAAUGCUCUACAGGCAGCUGCUAUUUCUCUAUGGAAUAGUACUGAGAUAUUCAAGAUCCUGCUUGAUGCUCAUGCUGAUGUCAACGCCCAGGGUGGUGAGUUCGGCAAUGCUCUACAGGCAGCUGCAUUUAGUGGAAAUGCUGAGAUAAUCAAGAUCCUGCUUGACGCUCAUGUUGAUAUCAACGCCCAGGGUGGUGAGUACGGCAAUGCUCUACAGGCAGCUGCAUUUAGUGGAAAUGCUGAGAUAAUCAAGAUCCUGCUUGACGCUCAUGUUGAUAUCAACGCCCAGGGUGGUGAGUACGGCAAUGCUCUACAGGCAGCUGUAUUUAGUGGAAAUGCUGAGAUAGUCAAGAUCCUACUUGACGCUCAUGCUGACGUUAACGCCCAGGGUGGUGAGUAUUCCUCACCCCUCUUGAUGGCUAUUUCUAUGGGUCAUCUUGAUACUAUUGAAGUUCUUCUUCAUGCUGGUGCGGAUACCUCCCUUACAGAUGGACUCGAUCAGACGCCUCUUCACAUCGCAGCUUCAAGGAACAACGUUCAUGUUCUCUUACAAUUUCCCCAACUUGCUUCAGCUAUUGCUAUCAAUAAGCGCAACAGGCUCUUACAAACCCCUCUCCACUUGGCUAUCUACUUUGGCCACAUCGACCUUGCGAUAAAGCUUCUCCAUCUGGGAGCGGACCCUUCUGCUUCAGACGGCUAUGGUAGAAAUGCUAUGGACUGGGCACCCGGGCACGAGCCUUUAAUGCGGGAAAUACGUGAACGUUGUCCUCAGCUCUCGUUAACACCCCACGACAAGCAACAAUCAAUUGUUCGACAAUCCAUCUUUCAGUUGUCUAAUACUCUUCCUGAGAUUGGCGUGAACCGGUCUUCAUGGCUUGUUUUACAGCAAUUAGCUCGAUCACAUCCGAAUCAAAAGCAUGAUCUCUUUGAAGUGUCUGGCCUGCCUGACGACAAGUCUCAACUCACUGGACCAGUACCUCCGAAAUUGACAUACUUCCUCGAUCAUCCUCACUGUGAUUCUCUUGGGGAGAAUAUCAAUCAAUCCGAGAUGAAGCUACCAAAAGAUUCCUCAUCCUUCACAGUAUGGGGAAAGAACGUUCUGAUUUCAAACACUACAUUGGGCCUGGUUUUCAUGUUCUCUGCGAUCUUUUUUGGGCUACUAGCCACUUACUUGAAGUCUGGCUAUUUUGAAAGUAUUUGA